UUCAAGGUUUUACAAUAUUUUUGGGACACCCUGUAUAUGAAUGUAUAAGCUUACACCAUCGACUAAAAAAUUUGUAACAAAUCUGGCAUACACUAUUUGUUAGUUUAUGACCACCAAUGACCACUUAUGACUGCUUAUGACUUACGACGACCUUCAGUGGGAUUAAUGCAUUUUCAAAUCUUUUACACUGCUUUGUGUUCUGUGAAAUGUAAAACUCGAAACGUAUAUAAAUAGUUUAAUAGAAAAUCUAUUACAAUUCUGAGAAGUUUACAUAUUAUUGUUAAACAAUGUUCAAACCAAGUCAAGAACCAGACAUACCAGCAGCGUUGGGUUUACUUUCUCACUUGAACAACGACGAGUUGAAGGAGCUAUUAAACAAUGAUGUCAAGUUUGAAGAUAUUGUCAAAGACAUAAAGCAGAGUAAGGACCUGGAAACAGAAAAGGAAAUGCUAAUGGCGAGUAACAGGUCCUUGGCGGAGUUUAACUUAUCGAAACAACCGGAAUUGCAAGAGAGCAAACAGAUCUUAAAGGAGCUCAGCGAGAAGGGAAACAUAUUGUGCACGAGCGUAAAGGAAAAACUGGACGAGAUAAAGGAAAAGUCUGGCGAAAUGACAGUGGAUACUGCCUUAGACCUGUUGCAAACAGCUGCUGCUGAAAUCGAAGAAGAGUCAGAGACUAUAGCGGAAAAGUUCUUGGCUGGAGACAUGGAGGUGGAUGAAUUCCUAGAUCAGUUUCUAUCCAGAAGAAAGCUGAUGCACCUACGGAAGGUCAAAGUCGACAAGUUGAAAGAGCUGAUGAGAAAAUCACAUCCCUCCGGUGGUCCUGGUUAUCCGAUUGCCAGCAACUUUCCUGGCAUAACACCAGCUAUCCCUUACCCGACCGGACCUGUUUCGAUGCCCAUGCCAGUCCCAUCGGGUCUACCCCAUUACAGACCGUACUAACUUAAUCGAGACAAAUUCUAAACUAAGAUAGUUUUUAUAUAUGUUUCGUUUACAUUGGAACGUAAGAAAUAUGUUAUUUUCUGAAAAUAAUGUAAUAUUUAAUAUUAAUACAGUGUACACAGAAUUUUA